AGGAGAAAUCCAUUGAUCACGCACACUACAAUAUAUAUAGUGGUAAAUAAUGGUGACACUUUUACAAAUGAUAUGGCUGAAUCAAAUGAUAGUUAUUAUGAGUGCAGUAAAUAUCAUUUACCAAAAGGAAGGAUCAACUGCAUUGCUUACAUUUCCCAAGGAUGAAAAAAGGACAGGAAAUGGAUGGUGUUUAUUUGAUUCCGAAAAAUAUUUGCAUAUUGAUGUUAUUUUCCAAUUUGAAAAUGGGAUAUAUGUCAACUUAGCAAAUACCCCAAAGUAUAUGAUUUUAAAUAAGGAAAGAUCAAAGUGGUUUCAACUGCAAAUCAAAAACUUAACAUUAGACGAUGCUGGAACUUAUGUCUGUAAAUGGUCUUUAGACGGUUCUAGAUAUGAUAUAGAGUUACAUGUAUUAAAUUAUCCCAAAGUGCACAUUGCAGAAGGGUCAUCCUUACAACUAGUAGAAGGCCAUCGAUUGAAUCUUACAUGUACAGUUGACGAUGAGACGAAUGUUAAUGUUGAAUGGUUUUAUUUAGAUGAAAAUGGCAAUCUGUUAAACCUACAUCAAUCGAACAAAGCGUUCAUUUUACAAACUGUAACCAGAAAUGAUACCGGAGUAUAUCAAUGCCAAGCAACAAACAGAAUUGGAAACAGUAGUUCAACAGUAAACAUUACCAUUCAAUAUCCGCCUGCAGUUGAACUAGUCGUAUCAGAAGAUUUUAUUGAAUGCAUUUUACACCAAGGAAUUCCUGCUUCAAACAAUCUUUUCCAGCUAGAGCAUCAGUCUGUGUUUGGUGUGCACAUUCGAGAAAUCCAUUCAUUUUCAAGUGAUAAGUUAUUACUGCUAAAGUCGUAUAUUCCAUAUGAAACCAAUGGAAUAUAUGUUUGUCAAGCUAGUAAUGGUGUAGUUGACGUUGAUGGAUUUGCAAUUCAUAAUAAAUCUACGAUUUUCAAACAUUCAGGACGACCAGUGUUUUCGAACGAAAAUACUAAUGUUUUAUAUGGAGAACUAGGAAAGCCAUUUUUAAUGAAAUUCAUAAUAUACAGUUUCCCGAUUUUACAAGAAUUGCGACCCCAGAAGAAAUUUGGUAAUCAUUCAACGAAUCAAAAUGUCGGAACAGAUCAAACUAUGAAAAGUCUUUUAUCUUAUACGGAAUACGACACCAAAGAAAAGAUUCCAGGUUAUGAAGUUAUAUACGAAAAAAACAUUUUGACAAAUGAAGAUUUUACUGUUUACAAUUUGUGGGCAAAAAACAGUUUUGGGGAAUCAUUUUAUAUGUACAAAAUUAUAGCUUUAGGUAAGUAAUAAAGAUAUCGUAUACCGUGAGAAGUGACUAUAUACCUAAACAUGUAAGCAAAACAGAUCUUAUCGAGAAAUAUUGUAUGUUUCCGGUGUGGUAAUGAAGUUUGAUUUGAUUAUUUUUUUCAACGACGAAGAUUCCAGGUAGGUAAACAAAACACAUAAUUCGAAGAUAUUAACCAUCAGCAAAAACAUAAACACAAAGAAAAAUCUACAAUGAAACCACGUUAAAUUAUAUAUUGAGGAACAGUUAUCCAUCGGAAUAAAAAUAUGUAGGCAGUUAAAUGAUUCAAUGAAUUUUAGUUAUCUUGGGUAAAGAUGUUUUAAAUACAGGUUUGGAAAGCGAAGCAGUUAAAAAUCAAUCUAUAUUGAAGAUGUAAUCAAGUUGUGCGUGUGAUUUUAUUUACGGCAUAGAAAGAGUCUGAUAUAAAAACAAAAUAGUAUAUUUAAUGUAGACAUAUAAACUCUAUAACCCGCACAACAAAACCAUCAACAACCAUAAAAAAAUGUCCUGUUCAAAUAACAUUGUCUUACUUUAAUUAACUUCUACCUUUCUAUUUGCCCUUUUGCAGACAAAGUAGAUAAAAGCAGACAUAUGAAAAUUCAUUUCUUGGUAUCUGUUAGUAUUUCUGCUCUUCUAGUGUUAUACAUUGGCGUAAGUCAUUUCCAUUGUCUCAUCCGAUCAUCACGAUCCAACAGAUUAGAUGUUAUUCAAGAAAAUUCAUACGAUGAAAUAGACGUAGUACCUUAUGAAUUGGACAACAUUCAGCAACCUGUAGAUGAUGUUCAUGACCAAAGCUACGACGGUAACUCUAUAGACAGUAAUGUGUCAAGGCAAAAUGUAACAGAAAACAAUUCUACGAUGCAGUUAUUACAAACCAGACCAACAGACUCGCAUCGCAUCGCAAUAACUAUGAAAAUAUGUAUCAACCAAUUGUACGCGAAAGAAACGACAAUCAAUGUUACAGUCAAUAUUUACGUGAUGUUUUGGAUUAGACUGUGAAUCCACACUUUACAGGAUGUUAUAUCAGUUGUAAUGUAUAGUAAACAUAAUUUGAGAUUAUAAAAUAUAAAAAUUGUCAGUUCCAUAGUUAUAUCAUAAGGAAUCAAAGUCAUCGUUAGUGAUUCUUUAACAUUGAAUUGUUUGAAACACAUGGAAAUACUAAGCUUUUAACAAUAUACUUCUGGUGGAAUCAAAAUAAUUGAUAUUAUUUAUUGUAUAAUAUUUUCAUAGCUGGUAACCAUGACAUUUUAGUUUUACGAAUUGAGAUCAAACUUUUUUAUGAUUUAAUUUCGAAUUGUAAAACGCGUUUGAUUUUUUCAAUUGCAAUAUAUUCGAUCAACGUUGCAAGAUACUCAGAUCUGAAAUAAGACUGUUUUAAUCGAAAACAAAUGUGUAUUGAAGUUUUAAAUGCGGUCAUGGUUAAGGUUCAGGUUAUUGGUUGGUUCACAUAAAAGGCAUAGCUAGAUGUAAUCAACAAUAAUUAUUGAAAGCAAUCGUCAAGUAUCAUUUUGAAGCUAAUUAAAGCUGUCAAUGUGAUUAGGGUUUUUCUCAUUGGUGACGGCCUUACGGUCCAUAUAUUUGCUUAAAUCCACGUAAUUCUAUCUAAGAUAUAUUUGUUUUGUCGUAUGUUGAUUAUGAAUUAACGAAACAUAAAUACACUAAGUCUUGUAAAUGAAACGGUCAUUUUGAUCUGAACAGCUCCUGAAAGACUGAAUAAGCCAGUGCUUGAAUUCCAUUAAAAUCUGUUCAAUCUUUGUUUACAUUGUUCAGUAGUUGUUUUCAUCUGUUCGAAACAACAACAUGCUGCAUUGUCUAUACAUGUAUUGAACAGAACGUAAUUGACUGCGAGCAAACUGUCAGAAUAUGGGUAUAUAUUAUAAGAGAAUAUCUGAAAAAUAACUUUAUCUCUUAACAAGACUUGAUCUGAUUUGUUUUCAGAUGAUGCUAAAGUCUAAAUGACCGUUUAAUAUUAAAAUGCAUCUACGAGUGAUACUGCUGUGCAAAAAAAGCAAAUAUAUUGCAUAUAUCUACACGAAACAAUCUUUUCUACUAAUGAAAUAAAGAUAUCACAGAUGUAAAUGAUCAAUGUAUUCCAUUAAGUUACACAUCAUAAA